AUGGAUCAACCUCCCACUGAGACCCCCCCUCCGGAGGCUCCUGUCGAAGUUGAACUCACCAUGGCCGAGCUAAAGGCCAUCAUUGACGCCAAAGUUCGACUGGCGACUAUAAACGCCAGGCAGAAUUUGACGGGCUGCCUACAUGCCCACCUCCAGUUUACGGAGGUUGAUUGGACGUUUGAAGGGCUUUUCGUGUGUCGUGCUGUAGGCCUCGAGUGUUCCGGCUUUGACCUUGGUUCGAUGCCAGAGCUCGAGAUGCACCUCCACAGUGAAGCGCACCUGCACCAUGAAGCAGCACUGGCCGAAGAGUGGGUGUGGGUUGAGACGGUGGUGGAGGAUGGGGAUGAGGAGACUCUUCCCAAGCCUACCAACGAGAUCCCCGAUUCUGUAUAA